CGACGUAGUGCAACACAGUGCAGCACGUAAUCUCUCUCGUGUCUCGUCUCGUCCACUUGUGUUUACGCAUCUACAUACGCACGACGAUUUUUUCCUGCGUUCCAUCGCGUAAAAAACGAGAUCAAGGAGAUUGCGUGUAAUUGCCGAGGUAGAAUUGUGCAUCAAUGGAUAUCAAUUUCACUCCAGGAUGAGUAGCACCCGAAAAAAAGCCAAUCACCUGGCGGUGUUCAAGCGGCGCACCAAGACCGAGGAUAACGAUGAAUUGUCGAGAAGCGUCAUUCUAGGAGCGAGAAAAACUGGGCGGUUGAAUCUCUCGUCGAAGGGAUUGUCUACGGUACCUGACAAAAUAUGGAGUAUAAACGAGUUAACGGAAGAGGAAUUACGUAAUUUACAUGUCGAAUUUGAUUACGAACCCUUGGAGGAGCGAUGGUGGGAACAGGAGCCGCUGCAGGUGCUAGAUCUGAGCUUUAAUAGUUUAACUCUAAUUGAUGAAAAAGUACAAUUUCUAACUGAACUGAGUACCUUGGACUUGAACAACAAUUUGUUAGAAAAAUUACCAGCAGAAAUCGGUUCUCUGCGCAGACUAAGAAUAAUAAAUCUAUCGGACAAUAAGCUAAAAAGUUUACCUUAUGAAUUUUACACGUUGGAAGAGUUAUGCGAGUUAUAUCUAAAAAAUAAUCUUUUAAGUAUACUCGAGCCUGAGAUCGGGAAUUUAAUCAUGUUAACUCAUAUGGAUUUAUCAUAUAAUAAUUUAAGUGAAUUACCAAUUGGAAUGGGAUACAUGGUGCGGCUAGAGACAUUGAAUUUAUGUCACAAUAUGAUAAAAGAGUUACCACCUGAUGUAACAAGUAUGAGAUCAUUAAAAACAUUAGAUAUCAGCUUUAAUCAUUUGGAGAUUAUACCACCGUUAGGUGAAUUGCGAAAAGUAGAGAGAAUUAUGUUCCAAUCGAAUAAUUUACAGGAAUUUCCAGACAUAUCAGGUUGUUCAGCUUUAACAGUAUUGCAUUUGGAUAACAAUAAUAUUCCUGAGAUUGAUCCACAACGCUUGGAAGCAAUAGGGCAUCUAAAAAAGCUCACGUUGCAAGGCAAUAAAAUUGAAUUGAUACCCGAGGAAAUAGUCAAACUGAUAAAUUUAGAAGUUCUUGACUUGUCGCACAAUAAUAUAACUUUGAUACCUUUUUGCAUUGGUAUAUUGCCAAAUUUAAAGCAAUUUGUAAUUGAGGGAAAUAAUAUAACAAAUGUGAGAGGAGACAUAAUACGAUGCGGUACACCUCGCAUCUUGACGCAUAUUCGUCAAAUUGUAGAUAAUAAUACAAGUGUAAUCACUAGAGAAUUGUUACAACCCUGCGGUGGCAAUAAUAUUUAUCCCGAUAAAUACGUGAUGAAGCAUACAAAGCUGUUUAGCUUAACUGGACAAAAUCUUGUGGAAAUAUCCGAAGAGAUCUUAGAAGAUGCAGCAAACGCCUCCGUCACAAUCAUUGACUUAAGUAGAAACAAGCUAUCGGAACUGCCGGAUAAAAUGUCGACGAUCGUUACAGUAACAGAUCUAAAGUUAACUUCAAAUCAUUUAGCGAGUUUACCGGAAUGGAUUGGUGAAAAGUAUAAGUUUUUGCAGAUAUUAGACUUAAGUACAAAUCAUCUGCAAUCUCUACCGUCGAGUAUCAGCUGCCUGAAAUAUUUGCGAGAUAUCGAUCUCUCAUUUAACAGGUUCACUGAGUUACCAGAAGCUAUCUAUGACGUCGAAUCUUUGGAAAGUCUAAUUAUCAAUGACAAUCUAAUUUCAAAAAUCGACGUGCCGCUUUUGGAAAAGUUAAAACGGCUAGCAGUUUUAAAUCUGAUGAAUAACAAUAUCUCUCACGUACCUCCUGAACUUGGUAACUUGAAAAACUUAAGAAAUCUAUUGUUAUCUGGAAAUUGUUUCAAAUAUCCCAGGCAAGCAAUUCUAAUGAAAGAUACAGAAGAAAUACUGAGCUAUCUACGUAAUCUAAUACCUCAGUGAAUAAAAAACGAAAUGGUUCGUAAAAAAAUAUUAUAUUCUGAAAAAUGUUAAAAAGUCUGUUAUCAUAUACGAGUGUGUAGUGUGUGAAUAUUAUGUCUAUAUAUAAAUACACAUUUUUACUGGUCUUUCAAAAGUAUAUAUAAUCUUAUCCUGACUGAGAUAAAUCAAGUGCAAAAUAAUUUAAAUAAGAUAUAUUAAUAUAUAUUAAAACUGAUGUAAAAAUGAGAAAAAGCAACUGAACGAUUGCAUGAAAAUGAAAAUAAGAGUGUUAGAAUGUGAGAAUGAAGAUACAUUUAUUGUGGAAGAAUGAAAAUAAUUUAAAAUUAAAUUAAACUUGUGAAUUAGAAUAAAUAUGAAUGAGAAAGAAAUGGAAGAUAUUAAAGAUCAAAGAAAAUCAAUGAUGAUUUGUUAUAUACUGUAAUGUUCAACAGUCUAAUAAAAAAAAUAUUUUUCCUGUUCAAUGUA